AUGAAGUACCUUCUUUCUCUUGGCGCCCUCGUCGGCGUGGCCUCUGCCCAGGCCGGCGCCUGGGCUCAGUGCGGUGGCAGCUCAGACUGGAAUGGGCCGACGACCUGUAUCUCCGGCUACACCUGUAUCUACUCGAACCCGUGGUACAGCCAGUGUCUUCCCGGCUCCGGUCCGGCUCCGUCUCCGACCACUCUGGUUACGAAGACGACGACUACCACGGCGUCGACCACGACGUCGACGGUCAAGCCCACCACCACCUCGACACCUCCCCCGACCAGCAACCUCGGCUGGAAGUGGUUCGGUGCCAACGAGGCCGGAGGAGAGUUUGGCGAGAAGGUCUUGCCCGGCACCUGGGGCACCGAGUUCAUCUUCCCCAAUCCGGCUACCAUCACCACCCUCCGCGGCCAGGGAUACAACACCUUCCGCGUGCAGCUCAAGAUGGAGCGCCUGACGCCCGGUUCGCUGACCAGCGGCUUCAACAACGCGUACCUCCAGAACCUCACCAACGUGGUCAACCACAUCACCCAGAGCGGGGGCUGGGCCGUCCUGGACCCCCACAACUACGGCCGCUUCAACAACGCCGUCAUCACCGACGUCGCCGGCUUUCAGACGUGGUGGGUCAACUUCGCCAACCAGUUCAAGGGCAACGACAGGGUCGUCUUCGACACCAACAACGAGUACCACACCAUGGACCAGACGCUCGUGCUCAACCUCAACCAGGCCGCCAUCAACGGCAUCCGCGCCACCGGCGCCACGCAGUACAUCUUCGUCGAGGGCAACCAGUGGUCCGGCGCCUGGUCGUGGCCGGCGGUCAACGACAACAUGAAGGCCCUCACGGACCCCCUGAACAAGAUCGUCUACGAGAUGCACCAGUACCUCGACUCGGACAGCUCGGGGACGUCCCCGUCGUGCGUGUCGACGACCAUCGGCGUCGAGAGGGUCCAGGCCGCGACCGCCUGGCUCCGCCAGAACGGCAAGGUCGGCAUCCUGGGCGAGUUCGCCGGCGGGGCCAACCCCCAGUGUCAGACCGCCGUCAAGGGCCUCCUCGAUUACCUCAAGGCCAACUCGGACGUGUGGUCCGGCGCGCUCUGGUGGUCUGCCGGGCCCUGGUGGAGCGACUACAUCUUCAGCUUCGAGCCUCCCUCCGGCACGGGAUACCAGUACUACAACAGCCUCCUCAAGGGCUAUUUGGCGUAG